UCUUCAGGGUUUAACUACAUGAAUCCUGAAACUCUGGUCAGAACCUCACUGAGCUGCAACUGUUGCAGAUAAAUUCUGAAGGAGGAGACUUUCUGUCCUGACACCUGAUGGCCUGAAACCUUCACCGAGACAAAGGAGAUAUUCUUUGUUCUUUUCUAACAUUCUCUGGUAAAGUUUGUGUUCCCGAUGGUUCAGUUCUAAAGACCCAAGAGUCUCUGAGGUGAUCACAGGUCUGACCUCGGUAAGGUUCAUUUAACCCUCUGAAGUAACGAGUCCAAGGAACAGAUCAGCUGUGCCUCUGAACCAACAGAGAAAGUGAGGUUGUGACCUCUGACCUGGAUGGAUACCUGUCAGCUGUGACUUAUUGUUUCCCUCCAGAAGAACAAGAACUGAAUCACUUCUUGGAAGUUUUUACUGGAGUCUGUAAAUCUUCACCAAUCACAGCCAAGUGAAACCACUAAAUAUCUGUGACGUGACAAAUAAAAAUAAAACAGAUUCUUUGAAGGUUUGUCAUUCAAGUAAAACCCUGAAGGACCCAGAGCGUUAACAUGAGUCAGAUCUGUAAAACAAGCUGCAGUUCUUUCUGACUGAUGGAGGACAGGGUCUGGUGCUCCAGGAGCUCCCUCUGAAGUCUGAGGGGGGAGUGACUCUGCAGCGAGGGAGGCAGGGGGUGUUCCUCCAUGGACGCCUGACUGGUUGGGAUCUAAUUGCUCUGAAGUGAGGUCAGCAGGAGGCACUUAUCUAAGCAGAGUGCACGGAGGAUCAGGGAAAGRCUGAAGCUGGACUCACAUCCACUCUUUAGACCUGAAGAGUCUCUUUGCAAAGAAACACAGAGACAUGCGGUCCACAUCUUACUAAUUUGGAUCAUGACAGCUACAGUUGGACUGUCAUCUCAGGUGGACUUUAAACGAGGACUAAUGAAGGACAUGUUCUUCUAAAACUCUCAGCUAUUCAUGAGUCUUUUCACCAACCAAUCCAAACCAGUCUGAAUCUGUUCCUCCAUUAGGACGCUGUAAAACCAGGACCUGGAGGUUGCAGGGCRGGGUUAGAGGUCAGGGGGUCACAUCUUGCUCUUCAGUAUGUGUUUCAGUGACCCCCACAGCAGUGAAGUAUAAUGCACAGAUGGAUGCUGACAUGGAACCUUCACAGAGCGCUGUCGGGACUCUACCUGCAUGCUGUCUUCCUGUUCGGCAGCGUGCACCUGGCCUGCGGUGACUGCACUCCAGAGCAGCUGGCCGCCAUCGUGAACUGCUCCAAACACGAGCGCCACACCAGAAACUACGACUACAUGGAGGGAGGCGACGUGCGCCUCCGCCAGCUGUACAGCCGCACACAGUGGUUCCUGACCAUUGAUGACUCCGGGAACAUCAGGGGGACUCAGGACCCCACCAACUGCUACA